AUGGCCGAGCAGAGGCGAAGCCUGGUGCGGCUGGCGGUGCUGCAGGAGCUGCGGGCCGCCUACGGGAUCAAGGUGAAGAGCGGGAGCUGCCGAGGGGCAGCAGGGAAGCAGCCUGGCGCGGCGGCCGCAGAGGUAAGGGCGGGUAAAAUCUUUGGAAUAUCUUUUCAUGCAUUACCACAGUCACUUGUGCCAGAAUAUGGAAGUAUUCCAAGCUUUCUGGUUGAUGCUUGUGAAUAUUUAGAAGAAUAUAUUCAUACUGAAGGACUCUUCAGGAAGUCUGGAUCUCUUGUUCGCUUAAAAGCAUUAAAGAGUAAACUGGAUCAAGGUGAAAACUGCCUCUCAGCUGCAUUGCCAUGUGAUGUUGCAGGGCUUCUUAAACAGUUCUUUAGAGAGCUACCAGAACCCAUUCUUCCAACUCAUCUGCAGGAAGGUCUUUUCAAAGCUCAGCAGCUAGGAAAGGAGAAGAAAACUGCUACUGUGCUGCUUUCCUGUUUGAUGACUGACAGAACAAUUGAGGCUUUGCGAUACUUUUUCAACUUUCUAAGAACUGUAUCCCUAAGAUCCAAUGAAAACAGAAUGGAUAGCAGUAAUCUGGCAGUGAUAUUUGCUCCAAACCUCUUGCACUCAAGUGAAAAUGAAAAGAUGACAGCAAAUACAGAAAAAAAAAUUCGCUUGCAAGCUGCCGUUGUGCAAACGCUUAUUGAUCAUGCAACAGAAAUUGGGCAAGUACCAGAAUUUAUCUUGGAAAAGAUUCCUGCAAUGUUAGGUGUUGAUGCCCUUGAAUCUACUCCUUCACUGAGGGGCCACGAAGACAGUGAAUGUGAAUCUCCUGGUGAAUGUAAAAGGAGGAGACAACGAAGUGUUGGCGAUUUUGUUAGUGGAGCAUUGAAUAAACUUAAAUCUAACAGAACACCCUCCACUACACCUCAGCAAGACAGAAGUGUCCUUUCGUCAGUGACUCCAGUAGUUCUUACUCCAAGUACUAAACGUAAACUUCCAGCUGAUUGCUCUCAGGGCUUGUCUAGCAAGAAAAGACGAUCUUUUAAGCAUAGUUUUGCUUUUGAGUUGUUACCAAGUAGCAUUUUUAACAGCAGCUCAACACCAGCAUCAGUUCAGUUUGAUGCAAGUCCUUGCAUGUCUCUGGAGUCAUCUCAAAACUCAGUAUCUCCUUUAACUGGUGGUGAAAAUCAUUUGUCCAGUACAGGGAACAGAAGAAAUAAAAGACAUACAAGUAAAAAGUUAUACAGGGCUGAAUCAGGAAAAACAGGUUGUUUUUCUCCAAAGAUUAGCCGGAAAGAAAUGGUUCGUAGAUCGUUGCGCCUGAAGUUUGGUUUGGGGAAGAACAACAGAGACAUAAAUAUUGUAUCAGGAUGUGCAGUUGGUAAUAGAUCUGAAAAUAUUGGAAGGCGUCUUGCAGGCCAAGAAUUGGAAAGCAGAGCUGAAUGUGCAAAAAGAGAUGUACUCUUCAGCCCAUAUAUCAAUGAAAAAAUCUCUAAAAAAGGCUCAAAGAACGUGAGCAAGUCGGAAGAAAACCUGUUAACUCCAAAGUGUCACGAUAAAGUAGUUUAUCGAAUGUCAUGGAAUAGUCCUACUGUUACAGAUUCUCAGGAGAUCAGCAGUAAUGAGGGAUAUCUUCCAGGACACCUUGAAGCUAGAGUUGGUUCUUCAGAAUCUGUUUUUGUAGCUGGAAAACCACCUGUUGCUCCAGAUGAAUUCAGAUCCACAACUGUAAAUAAACAAGACAACAGCUUAAACCUUUUGCUAUGUGAGGAAGAAAGUAAUUUAACUAUAGAAACAUUACUGAAAGUUAAGAAAGCCUUUUCUGCAUCUGGAAGUAAUCUUCACAAUGUGAUAAAUGAUGCAAAGUCUUCCUUAGAUGUUACAGAAGAAACAUUAAAUGAAACCAUGUGUCCCACAGGGCUCAGUCCAGAGAAAGAAAGUCCAGAGAAAGAAAAGUUAUCUGAAGCUUCUGGAAGUCUAGAAAAUGCAGAAUCCAGACAGCUGUUCCACCAAUUUAAUCAGUCUUAUGCUGUUGAUAAAGAAAAAUUAAAAAAAGAUGAAAUUAAAGUUUUGGAGAAAAGAAACUUCCAGAGUUCUAUUGAGAUUGAACUUCAGGUCCAGAAACCAGACAAAAAAAAUGUAAUAGAACUUACUGUGCCUCAAGUAAUGGCGAGGGAAGACAAAUUGACUUUUCAGAAUAGUUCAUUAAAAGAUGACUUAAGCAAAUUAGAUUCCUUUGAGAAAAAAGAGGAAAUAAAGUUAACAAACCCUGAAACAGCUGAAAACUGUAUGGUAAAAUACUGUAAUUUGGAAGAAGAUACUGCUAAACCUUCUGACACAGAACAGCUUCCCAUUUCACAGCUACCUAAAUUAGGAAAUGACCUAAGCAAUCAGUACUUGAAAGCUGUAAAUUCUGAUAAAAUUUUAACUAAAACAGCAACUGUUUCUGAUCAUGGAAAGGUUUCCGACCACAUACAGUGGUUCAACAAGCUUUCAUUGAACGAUCCAAGUUCUGCAAGCAAAACUAAACCGCCUCUUAAGUUUCAGCGUACUCCUGUUCGACAGUCGGUAAGAAGAAUGAAUUCCUUACUGGAGGCCAACAGACGACCUGUAAGCUGUCAACUAGUCCAAGCUAGUGAUGUUAAUUCACCACUUGUUAAAUCUUUGAGUUAUGAUUCUGCACUAUCCUACUGCACAGAGAAAUCCUCAAAGAAUUCCACAGCUUUGUCAUUGAAGAGUGAAAGUACACAUGACGAAGUUUCUACAUCUCAUAAACAGUUAGACUUAACAUCCAAAUCAUGUUGCAGAUGGUUAAAUCCGUUAGAGAAGUCUGAUGUUUCUGUAAGAACUGCUGGAAUCUACAAACAGAAAGUGACUGUUAAUCCAUCAAAGUCUGUUUUAGAAGACCUAACCAAUCAUGAAACAGUGAAAUCUGGUUUAAAAGUAAAUGCAGGUGUAAAUAUUCCAGGUGGUGUGCCAGAAAAAUGUGCCAUCACAAAAAAUCCUCUUGGAAAAGAAAAGAUUCGUUACAGAGGCUCUCCAAAGAAUCCAAUAUCUAAGGUGAAACUCCUACCAACUACAAAACCAGUAGAUUUAUAG